GGAAGAAAGCCCCGCCCAUGCAAAAAAGGGACUUCCGCCUGGUGACGCACACGUUCCCGCCACCUGCGCGUGCUCUCCUCCAACAAACAAGCGGUUUUUAAAACUUCCCUGACGACAACAACCGAGCUCAACCUUUUCAAAAGAACUCGACAAAGUUGCUGCCGUUCAUUCCCGACGAGUACAAUUUGUGGAACUUCACGCUCUACUGAAGCUCUGAGAGGGAGACCUCGUCCUCCUCGGAUGAGAUGGAGGGUGCCGGGGUUGCUUCUGGGGAAAACGGCCUCCUCCGAGCAUCCUUGCCUCCUCCUCCUCCUCCUCCUCCUCCUCCUCCCCGUCUCCUCGCUGCCCCCGGGACCAUGUCCUCGUGCCAGGACCCCACGCGGCGCUCCAUGAAGAAGCUGAAGUGGGACACCAUCCCCAGCCAGCGUGUGCUGGGCAAGUCCAACGUGUGGACGUCCAGGCUGCCCCAGAGGAAGUUGGUGCUGGACAUCAGCAGCAUGGACAAGCUCUUCAGCCGCGUGGACAAGUGGGCCAUGUUGGAGCGCUCCAGGCUCACGGGCCUCAAGGAGCACGGCGGCCUGGAGGUCGCCACGCAGGAGCCUCAGGUGACAAUUCUGCACUCCAAAAAGAGCAUGAACAUCGGCAUCUUCCUCCGACAAUUUAAAAGGCCGGUGGCAGAAAUGGUGGAAGACAUCCGCCAGGCCAACUGCUGCAGGUUUGAAAGCAGCAAGCUCAAGGAACUUUGCAAGAUGCUACCUGAAGAAAGUGAGGUGAGACAGCUGCUGUCCUUCAGCGGGAACCUGUCCCUGUUACCCGAGGCAGACCGCUUCAUGGUGCAGCUGGUCCAAGUGCCGUGUUACGAGGAGCUCCUGAAGAUGAUGGUUCUGCGCGAGGAGUUCCUGCCUCUCGUGGCGGAGGUGAAGAACUCGCUGGCGGUGAUGAUCAAAGCGGCUAACGAGCUGCUGGACUGUGACGACCUGCACGCCGUCAUCCACCUGGUCCUGAAAGCCGGCAACUACAUGAACGCCGGGGGCUACAACGCCGACGCCAUGGGCUUCAGGAUGACGUCGCUGCUCAACCUGGCCGACACCAAGGCCAACACGCCCGGCAUGAACCUCCUGCACUACGUUGCCAAGCAAGCGGAGGACAUCGACCCGGCGCUGCUGACCUUCCCCGGCCAGAUGCAACACAUCGCCAUGGCGCUAAGGAUCUGCAAGGAGGAGGUGGUGGCGGACUUUGAGCGGGAGGUGAAGAGGCUGAAGGAGGUGAAGUUGUACACCUUCAGACAUCCCGCCCUCUUCCAGCAGAUGGAGACAUUCUUCACGAAACGUGGCUUCCCUCGGAAACACUGCGGUCACACCCCUCCAACUUCUAGGUUGUACAGGCCGGUGGCAGAAAUGGUGGAAGACAUCCGCCAGGCCAACUGCUGCAGGUUUGACAGCAGCAAGCUCAAGGAACUUUGCAAGAUGCUACCUGAAGAAAGUGAGGUGAGACAGCUGCUGUCCUUCAGCGGGAACCUGUCCCUGUUACCCGAGGCAGACCGCUUCAUGGUGCAGCUGGUCCAAGUGCCGUGUUACGAGGAGCUCCUGAAGAUGAUGGUUCUGCGCGAGGAGUUCCUGCCUCUCGUGGCGGAGGUGAAGAACUCGCUGGCGGUGAUGAUCAAAGCGGCCAACGAGCUGCUGGACUGUGACGACCUGCACGCCGUCAUCCACCUGGUCCUGAAAGCCGGCAACUACAUGAACGCCGGGGGCUACAACGCCGACGCCAUGGGCUUCAGGAUGACGUCGCUGCUCAACCUGGCCGACACCAAGGCCAACACGCCCGGCAUGAACCUCCUGCACUACGUUGCCAAGCAAGCGGAGGACAUCGACCCGGCGCUGCUGACCUUCCCCGGCCAGAUGCAACACAUCGCCAUGGCGCUAAGGAUCUGCAAGGAGGAGGUGGUGGCGGACUUUGAGCGGGAGGUGAAGAGGCUGAAGGAGGUGAAGUUGUACACCUUCAGACAUCCCGCCCUCUUCCAGCAGAUGGAGACAUUCUUCACGCAGGCCGAGGCCCAGCUCUCCGAGGUGGACUUCCUCCUGCACGAGCUGAACGUGCUGAGUUACGCCGUGGCCGAGUAUUUCUGCGAGGACCCGGCCUCCUUCAAGCUGGAGGAGUGCUGCUCCGUCUUCCACGCCUUCUGCAGGAACUUUGACCGAGCCGUGCAGGAGAACCGCCAGCGCGAGGCGGCGGAGCAGCAGCGCCGCAGGAAGGAGAGCAGCCGCCUGGCCACCAAGCGCAGUUCCCACCUCUCACAUCCCGGAUCGGAAGCCAACUUGGAGUCGGUCUUGCGCAGCUUCCUGUCCAACGACCCGGACGGGGUCUCCCGGUGCAGGAAGACCUUGGAGCCGGGGGUCCGCCCUCCGUCCGGAGUCAAAGCGGAGCCCGCCUCUCCGGAGAGUCCAGAGGAGGGACGUCAGGAUGCGGAGAAGGCGUCCACAGAGGGAACACACGGACAAGACCAGGACCGAGAAGUAGCCACGGACAAUCCGGCCACCCCUCGUACGCCCCGUCCAAGAACCAGAGACUUCUUCUUUGCCAAAAAUGGCGAUGUGGGCUCUCCGUGGACCAUCUUGAGUCCUCUGACUUGCUCCCAGAGACACGCUCAGCAGCGCGGCGCCUCCGUGUCCGACGAGGACGACGAAGUCUGGGAAAGCGGAGGGGAUCCCCCAAACCCCGACCCCCCGUCUCUCUCCGGGUACCCCCGAGAUUCGGCAGUCUCCAAAAGCCCCUACUUGAGGUCCGCAUCCGUGGACGGGACCAGGCUUUCUCCCGCGCCCGCCUUCCGACUGGGGAGUUUGUUCCAGAGGUCCUACUCCUCCGGAUCCAGGACGGAAUCGGCGAUGGCGAACCGAGCCCGGGCUUCGCUGGUCGCCGCCAAGACCAGAGACCACAGGGACCACGGGGACCACGGGGACCACGGGGACCACGGGGACCACGGAGACCACGGAGACGGACCGACCAACGGCCUUGGCUUCAUCUCCUUCUUCAGACGCUUCGGGGGCCGGAGCAGAGCCGGAGACGUGGAGGACCGCGUCCUGAAAGACGACAAUACUUGAUGCUGCUCCUCUUUCUUCACAACUUUUUUAUGUUUGUCUUUUUUUAAGCCUCCUGGUGGUCACCAAGGCAACCAGGAACUUGUCUUGGAAACACCCGGAAACCUCUUUUUCUCUUUCUGCUUUCAAUAAAUAUUUUAUUACAUUUUCA